CAGGGGGCGCUGUCGAGCCGCUCCUCCCCCCUUUCCGAGCCGGGGCGGAUCCCGGAUUUCAACGGACUCGCCGCUGAGCGGACUAGAAUGGGCGCGCUGGACAAACUGCGCGGCCGACUCAGCGCGGGGCUGCGCAAAGUUCGAACUCCAGUCAGACGAAACUUGACCCGACUCCGCCCCCUGGCGCCAGAAAAAGAAGCCGCGGUCUACGUGCACUGGCCUUAUUGUGAGAAACGCUGCAGUUACUGCAACUUCAACAAGUACAUUCCCCGUAAUAUUGAUGAGCCAAAAAUAAGAGACUGCUUCAUUCAGGAGGCCAAAACCUUGAUUCAACUCAGUCAAGUCCAGAGAAUUACUUCGGUAUUUUUUGGUGGGGGGACACCAAGCAUGGCCAGUCCACUCGCAAUUGGCAGUAUCCUGGACACCAUCUCUCAAUGUGCCCACUUAGCAGAAGGUACAGAGAUCACAUUGGAAGCCAACCCCACUUCAGCUGACGCUUCACGUCUUGCAGAGUUCCAGAAAGCUGGUGUCAACCGCCUCUCCAUUGGCAUGCAGUCCCUUAACGAUACAGACCUGAUGCUUCUCGGAAGGAACCACACAGCAUCUGAGGCCUUGAGAACUUUAGAAGAAGCCAAGAGACUCUUUCCAGGCUGUACAUCCGUUGACCUCAUCUUUGGCCUUCCGGGUCAGACAGUUAUCUCAUGGGUCCAGGGUAUACAGAAGUUUCUCCCCAUGUGUGAUGACCACGUCUCUCUGUACCAGCUUACACUGGAGAGGGGUACCUCUCUCUUCAAACAGGUCCACCAGGGUUUCCUGCCCAUGCCAGAUCAAGAUGUAGCAGCUGAGAUGUACGAGUGUGCGCGACAUAUUCUGCAGGAUACUGGUUUUCAUCAGUAUGAGGUCUCCAAUUUUGCUAAGAAUGGAGCACUUAGUGCCCAUAACCUGUCCUACUGGCAAGGCAGUCAAUAUAUCGGGCUUGGACCAGGAGCCCAUGGAAGAUUUGUGCCAUGGGGAGAUGGCAAGAUCCAUCAAGAGGCCAGGAUACAGACUCUGGAGCCAGAUAUAUGGAUGAAGGAGGUGCUGGCCUUUGGACAUGGGACCCGGAAGCGGACUGCACUGAGUAAACUGGACAGAUUAGAAGAGGUUCUGAUGCUUGGACUCCGCAUGAAUGUAGGAAUUUCACAUCAGCACUGGCUUCAGUUUGCCCCCACUUUUAGUCUUUGGGAUGUGUUCGGAGAAUCAGAGGAAGUGAAAGAGUUGGAGGAGCAAGGCUUGCUGCUCCUAGACAACAGGGGUCUCAGGUGUUCUUGGAAAGGUCUGCCUGUGCUGGAUACUCUGCUACUGACACUUCUCAACCAACUUCAGCAAGCUUGGGCAGAAAGAGAAGAAAAGUCCAGUGGGACCUGAAGCCUGUACAUUGUUCUCAGCUAACUGGUAGCAACGCAAAAGGGAAAAGAUCCCCUGAACUGGAGUUUGAAGAGCUGGAACAUUGCUUUCUGCCUUGAAAGUUUUUCAAAUGCAACACUGAAUCCGGAAAACCAUGCUGGUUAUUAAAUGGUGAGCUGAUAGUGGUUGCAUUUCACUGGAUACAGAACUUGGUCUGAGCUGAAGAACUAUUGUGUCCCUGGGCUUUUACACCAAACAACAAGGUGUAAGAUUGCUUCAUCUUCUUUGGGCGUGGUGGCUUGUUCAGGAAGUAAAUGAAGUAUGAAAUAUCUUCAGGCUACAUAGUGAAUAGCUUAAAUAUGAAUUAGUUUUCAUUAACAAAGUGUUUAUGACUGCAUAAUAAAGAAGUAUUUUUGUGGGAGGAAAUUACCAUGAAAAUAACAAGGAUUUGAACACUAUCCAGAGGGCAGCUUCCCAUGCUCAUGGUUCAGUGGUCCAGAGCACAAGAGUGACCCCUUGCACAAGAGUAGGAAGCCAGCAAUGCUUAGUUUGCCAUUCAGCAUCCGACUACAUUCCUAGAUCAAGCAUUUGCUUUACUUUUGACCUCAGCAUUCCUCAUUGCAGCCAUCGGCUUUUGCUUCAAAUCUCACAUUCCUGCUCCAUUCUCUUUCCCUCCAUGCAUCCCUUCUGAACUGGUUGUAGCCUAUUUUCUGGGCUUCCUCUGUUUGUCAGCCAUCUUGCAUCUGCUGGAUCAUAGCUCUUGCACCACCAUGUCCUCUUAACUACCUGUUUGGGGCUUGUUUUUGACCGUGAAUGUGACACUGCACUUGGGCAUGAUGCCAGAUCUGAUCUUUGGCUUCGUGCUACUUGGCCCAGUGUCAGUAUCCUGAUAACCAGGUCAUAGGUGACAUAUCAUUAAGUCGUGUUCAGUAGCAUCUUCCUGAAAGCCGGCACAGAUUUUACAGGCUACACCCUUCAGUGUAGUGAAGCACCUUAAGAAUGCCUACGCAAGGCAUGUGAACCUUCUGGCUUGGUAGAGGGAUGCUGCUGAAUAACUGUAACAACAAGGGGAGUGCAGCCAGAAUUUUACUCAUCAAGAUUCAAUCUGACCCAAUCACAUUGGUCAAUACAGAAAUAAGUCUGCUCAAACAUUGAACAGGCUUAUUUCUAACAUCCAGGAACAAUUGGAGACCUUCCAUUCUGAGCGUCACUCUCAUGCUUUGCCUGUCUGGUUUAAUUUUCUUGAAAGGCAGGUGGGGCAGCAAGGAGAGAGAUUCAGCAGAUAUGAGCCAGGCAGGGAUCCUCUCUCAUCAGAACAAUGGCAG